UUGUUUGUGGUUCCAAAUUGCCCCAUCUUCUUCUUUCUCACAUUUUUUCACACAUAGCCAGAAUCCAACAUGGCUUCCCAAUUUAGAUCUGUCAAAAAGUGGAAAUAUGAUGUUUUUCUGAAUUUUCUACGGGAAGACUUCAACGGAAACUUUGUUACGGAUCUUUACAAACGUCUGGAAGACAAAGGAAUCAACGCAUUCAAACACGAUGGCAAAUCUGCAAAAAAAGUACCAAUUUCGACAGAAAUCUCAGAAGCCAUCGAGGAAUCAAGGAUUGCCAUUACCAUCUUUUCCAUGAUGUAUGCUUUAUCCAGACGGUGCUUGGAAGAAAUCACUAAGAUCAUGGAGUGCGUUGACAGCCACGGACAGGAAUUCUUCCCGGUCUUCUAUUGGAUACAACCAUCAGUAGUAUCGCGCACGUUUGAUUUUAAAAAAAACAAGGAAUAUUUCAACUGUGCUUAUUCGAAGAGGUUUCAGAGGUAUAAGGAUGCUCUCUUUAAAGCAUUCGCGGGAUUUAAUGAGGAUCUUUAUGAUCCUUUCGAACUUAUCUGUUGGAAAGCUGAAGAAUGUAUUGAGGAAAUUGUUGAUAAGGCUUCUCAGGUUAUGAACAUUCCAAAAUAUCCUGUGGGAGUCAGAUCUCGUGUAGAGGAAGUAAAAUCAUUGUUGAAAGUUGAAUCUGGCGGUGUUCAUUCUAUAGGGAUAUGGGGGAUGGCUGGUGUAGGGAAGACAACUGUUGCCAGAGCACUUUUUAAUGAGAUCUCUUGUCAAUUUGAAGAGUCUUGUUUUCUUCCAAAUGUUAGGAGAGUCUUAGAAAAGCAUGGACCGGGUGGCCUACACCAUUUGCAACAGAAGCUUCUUUCCCAGAUUCUGAAGAAACAUUCUGUUGGUUUAGCAAAUUUUGCUAGAGGCGACGAAUUUAUAAGCCAAAUGCUUCGUUCCAAGAAAGUUCUAAUUAUUCUUGAUGAUAUGGAUGACAAUCACCAAUUGGAACAUUUAACUGGAAAGCGUAAUUUGUUUGGUGAUGGCAGUAGGGUCAUUACAACAACUAGAAGUUUUGAUUUACUUGGCAAGCAUGAUGUGUUUUAUCGUGUCCCAGAACUGACCAACAAUGAGGCUUUAGAACUUUUAAGUUGGCACGCCUUUCAACAAGGAGCUCCAGUUAAAGACUUUGAAGAGCUCUCGUGCUGUGUAGUAGAUUAUGCUAAAGGCUCACCCUUAACUCUGGAGAUCUUGGGUUCUUUUCUGUACAAACAAAGUACAAAAGGGCAGAUAAGUGCAUUAUAUAGACUCCAAGAUUUCGGAGAUGAGAAAAUUGAUAGGUUACUUAUCAUAAGUUUAGAUGCAUUGGGUGCCGAAUACAAGAAUAUAUUUCUUCAUAUUGCAUGCUUCUUUAGAGGAAAAAAGAAAAAAAAUGUGAUUACAGUAUUGAAUAAACUUGGCUUCGAGUUAGUUAAUGAAAUAGAUGUCCUCGAAAGAUCAUUUUUAUAUAUCUCAGAAGGAAUGAUUGAGAUGCACGAUCCGAUAGUACAAAUGGGUCAGCAAGUGGCACGUGAUGCUGAGCAGGGCAAGCCAUGGAAUUGCAGUAGACUAUGGCAUGAAAAAGAUAUGAACACUGUUUUUUCUGCAAAUCAGAUUGCCAGAACCCAUACAUUUUCCGUGGCUCCCCAAAAUGAAGAUCAAAAGUGGAAAUAUGAUGCCUUUUUGAGUUUCAGAGGAGAUGACACCCGCAAUAACUUUGUUGCCCAUCUUUAUAAACGUCUCCAAGACAUAGGAAUCAACGUAUUCAAAGAUGAUGUGAAACUUGAAAGAGGAAAGUUCAUUUCAACAGAACUCUUGAAAGCCAUUGAGGAAUCAAGAACUGCCAUUAUUAUCUUCUCUGAGGACUAUGCUUCAUCCAGCUGGUGCUUGGAGGAACUCACAAUGAUCAUGGAGUGUGUUGACAAGAAGGAACAGAAAGCAUAUCCUGUCUUCUAUAACGUCGAGCCAUCAGAUAUACGCAUGAAAACUCUCUGUGAAGCUGAGAGCAGCAGCUUUGCUAAGGCGUUGGAAAAACACAGGGAAGAUUUCAAGGCUAAUUUUGAGAAGUUGGCAACCAAACACGAGGCAGAUCUUGCUCUCAGGAAAAAAGAUGAGACAAAUCAGAAGGAUAAUUUGGUGAAGGUGCAGAGGUGGAAGGACACUCUACAUAGAGCUGCUGGAAUAGCAGGGCUGGAUGUUCGUAAAACUGCUAAUGGGGAUGAAGCAAAAUCUAUUGACAAGAUUAUAAAUGAUAACUUCCGAAAUAUGCACCACACCGUUUCAGCAACUGAAAAAUAUCUAGUUGGAAUCGAAUCUCGUAUGGGUGAAGUAGAAUCAUUACUGAAGUUUCGAUCAGGUGAUGUCUAUUUUAUUGGAAUUUGGGGGAUCGGAGGUGUUGGGAAGACAACUGUUGCAAGAAAAUAUUUUGAUAGGGUUUCUCAUCAAUUUCAAGUGUCUUGUUUUCUUGCGAAUGUUAGAGAAGAAUCAAAGAAGCAUGGGCUGAUGUACUUGCAAAAGACACUUCUUUCAAGACUCUUAAAAGAAAAAUCAAUGAAUAUAACAAGUUUUUAUGAAGGAGCCGACAUGAUAAAAAGAAGGCUUUGCCACUGGAAAGUUUUAAUUGUUUUUGAUGAUGUCGAUGAUGAAGACCAAUUGGAAUAUUUAGUUGGAAAUCAUGACUGGUUUGGUGGUGGCAGUAUAAUCAUUACAACAACUAGAAACCAAGAUUUGCUACGUAGACAUGACCAGUCAUAUUCUGUUCCUGAACUGGCUAAAGAUGAGGCUAUUGAAGUUUUUAGUUGGCACGCUUUUCAGAAACCGACCCCUGAUAAAGAGUUUUUGAAACUCUCCAAAUCUGUAGUAGAUUAUGCUAAAGGCUUACCUUUAGCUCUUAAAGUCCUGGGUUCUUUUCUCUACAAGCGAGGCAGUACUGAGUGGAGAAGUGCAUUAGAUAGACUCAAAGAUAGUGGAUAUGAAAAAAUUGCUAAGCAGCUCAGUUUAAGUCUAGACGGAUUGAGCCAUGAAGAGAAGAAUAUAUUCCUCGAUAUGGCAUGCUUUUUUAGAGGAAGAAAGAGAGAUGAUGUGAUUACUAUACUAAACAGUUUUGGUUUCCGAUCAGAGAUUGGAACAGAUAUCCUCAUCCAAAAAUCACUCUUAUAUAUUUCUGAAGGAAUGGUUGAGAUGCAUGAUUUGAUAGAACAAAUGGGUCAGCAAGUGGUACGCAAUGUUGACCUGGACAAGCCAUGGAAUCUCAGUAGACUAUGGCAUGAACAAGAUAUAAAAACUGUUUUUUCUGCAAAUCAGAUUGCCAGAACCCAUACAUUUUCUGUGGCCCCCCAAAAUGAAGCCAAUCAAAAGUGGAAAUAUGAUGCCUUUUUGAGUUUUAGAGGAGAUGACACCCGCAAUAACUUUGUUGCCCAUCUUUUUAAACGUCUCCAAGACAUAGGAAUCAACGUAUUCAAAGAUGAUGUGAAACUUGAAAGAGGAAAGAUCAUUUCGACAGAACUCUUGAAAGCCAUUGAGGAAUCAAGAACUGCCAUUAUUAUCUUCUCCGAGGACUAUGCUUCAUCCACCUGGUGCUUGGAGGAACUCACAAUGAUCAUGGAGUGUGUUGACAAGAAGGAACAGAAAGCAUAUCCUAUCUUCUAUAACGUCGAGCCAUCAGAUAUACGCAUGAAAACUAAGAGCAGCAGCUUUGCUAAAGCGUUGGAAAAACACAGGGAAGAUUUCAAGGCUAAUUUUGAGGAGUUUGCAACCAAACAUGAGGCAGAUCUUGCUCUCAGGAAAAAAAAUGAGACAAAUUACAAGGAUAAUUUGGAGAAGGUGCAGAGGUGGAAGGACGCUCUACAUAGAGCUGCUGGAAUAGCAGGACUGGAUGUUCGUAAAACUGCUAAUGGGAAUGAAGCAGAAUCUAUCGACAAGAUUAUAAAUGAUAACUUCCAAAUCAUGCACCACAGUGUUUCAGCUACUGAAAAAUGUCUAGUGGGAAUCGAAUCUCGUAUGGGUGAAGUAGAAUCGUUAUUUAAGGUUAGAUCAGGUGAUGUCUGUUUUGUUGGAAUAUGGGGGAUCGGUGGCAUUGGCAAGACAACUGUUGCAAGAACUUUUUUUGACAAGAUUUCGUGUCAAUUUCAAGGGUCUUGUUUUCUUGCAAAUGUCAGAGAAGAAUCAAAGAAGCAUGGGCUGACGUACUUGCAAGAUACACUUCUUUCAAGAAUCUUAAAUGAAAAAAGAAUGAAUAUAGCAAGUUUUUAUGAAGGAGCUGACAUGAUAAAAAGAAGGCUUUGCCACUGGAAAGUUUUAAUUGUUUUUGAUGAUGUCGAUGAUGAACACCAAUUGGAAUAUUUAGUUGGAAAUCAUGACUGGUUUGGUGAAGGCAGUAUAAUCAUUACAACAACUAGAAACCAAGAUUUACUACGUAGUCAUGACCGGUUAUAUUCUGUUCCUGAAUUGGCUAAAGACGAGGCUAUUGAAGUUUUUAGUUGGCACGCUUUUCAGAAACAAACUCCUGAUAAAGAGUUUUUGGAACUCUCCAAAUCUGUAGUAGAUUAUGCUAAAGGCUUACCUUUAGCUCUUAAGGUCUUGGGUUCUUUUCUCUACAAACGAGGUGUAACUGAAUGGAGAAGUGCAAUAGAUAGACUAAGAGAUACUGGAUAUGAAAAAAUUGUUAAGCAGCUCAGUUUAAGUCUAGACGGAUUGAACCAUGAGGAGAAGAAUGUAUUUCUUGAUAUUGCAUGCUUCUUUAGAGGAAGAAAGAAAGAUGAUGUGAUAACAAUACUGAACAGUUUUGGCUUCCGAUCAGAGAUAGGAAUUGAUGUCCUCAUCCAAAAAUCACUUUUAUAUAUUUCAGAAGGAAAUGUUGAGAUGCAUGAUUUGAUAGAACAAAUGGGUCAGCAAGUGGCACGUAAUGUGGACCAUGACAAGCCAUGGAAGCACAGUAGACUGUGGCAUGAACAAGACAUAAAAACUGUUUUUUCUGCAGAUCAGAAGACAGAAUCAAUUAAAGGCAUAAUGGUACCAAUUGGCUCAGACCAACAUAUAUGCAAGUGGAGCAAAGCUUUCCGAAACAUGCCUUGUCUUAGGUUACUCAUUGUCAAAGGGGAGGAGGUCUGGCAUCAUGACCUUAUUUGUGACCCUAUUGAGUGUCUCCCCAGUAACUUGAAAUGGCUUGAUUGGUCAUACUACAGUUUUGAAUCUUUACCAGCAUAUUAUGAACCAGGAAACCUUGUUGGGCUCCACAUGACUUUUAGUUCUCUUGUUGAAGUUGUCAAGGAGCCGAAGGCAUUUGAUAAGUUGACAGUCCUCAAUUUAAGUUUUUCAAGAAAUUUAAUCCGAACGCCCAAUUUUUCCGAGAUUCCAAACCUGCAGAGGAUUAUACUGAAAAGUUGUGUAAGUUUGGUAGAAAUUCAUCCAUCCAUUGGCCAGCUCAGAAAGGUUAUCAUUUUGAAUAUGGAAAACUGCAAAAAUCUCAAAUCUUUACCAAGCAGUAUUCAAAUGGAAUCUCUUGAAAUCUUCAAUCUCUCAGGUUGUGAGAAGUUAGAAAAAUUUCCAGAAAUUCAGGGAAAUAUGGAAUUGCUAUCAGAGCUCCUUUUGGCACAUACUGCAAUAUGGGAACUUCCCUCAUCAGUUGGACUACUCAGUGGCAUCAACUUGCUUGAUUUGCAUUCAUGUAAAAACCUUGUAAGACUCCCAGCCAGUGUCUCUGAGAUGAGAAAACUGAAAAUUUUGAGUGUGAAAGGCUGCUCAAGACUUGCAAACUUUCCUGAAAAUCUAGGUGAUCUAACCCAGUUGGAGGAGCUCUAUGCUGGUAACACUGCCAUUUGGCAACUACCAGAUUCUCUUCUAAACUUAAGCAAACUUAAAGUCCUAUCGUUAAGAAGAAGCCGGAAGGUAAAGCGUCAAACUGGUGGCAGUUUAAUGUUACCCCCUUUCUGGGAGUCUCAUGAUUUGAGGGAAUUGAAAAGCUUAGAUCUCAGUGGGUGCAAUUUAUCUGAUAACCAAACUGGUGCUCUUAUGAAUUUUCCUUCUUUACUGGAACUGAAUCUGAGCAGAAACAAGUUUAUUUCAUUACCUGAUGUCAUUAGUCGACUUUCUCAACUUCGAUAUCUCAACAUAACCCAGUGUCAGGAACUUAAGAAACUUCCCAAACUUCCUCCGAGUGUAGAGGAAUUAUAUGCGGAAGAUUUUUUGGCCAAGCAAAGUAUUGCAAUGCUACAAAGGUACCAUCGGUUGAAUUUGGUGUCAUUCACCAAUUAUAGUUUUGACCAACAAUCUUAUACAGAGGAGAGCAAUGGUAGCUCAGUUUUGGAUGAGAUUCUCUAUUCGUUUCUUUCACGCAACAUGGAUUAUGUGGUCCAUCCCUCUCUCAACUCCGAUUACAGGGUGACUUGUUCCAUUGUCUUUCCUGGAUGUGUAAUUCCCAUGUGGUUUAAGCAUCAGAGUGUUGAGGAAAAGAUCUUGUUCGAACUGCCUAUUAAUUGGUAUAAUGACAAGUUCAAGGGCUUUGCUAUAUGCUGUGUGACUCGCAUGGGAGCAGGUGCCUGCAGUCCUGAUUCAGGACUAUCUGAGAAGUAUGACUAUGCUUUCAUCAAAACCAAAUUGGCAUGCAAAGAUGAUUUAGAAGACCUUAAAGUGCUAGAGAAAGAAUGUAAAGUGGGAACAGCAUCUAGAACAUCUGGCUUGUGUGUUUGCUUUGUCUACAUACCAUUGUAUGCUUCACUGCAGGUGUCCGGCACAGAUGUUGCAAAUAUUAACCAGUAUAGCCUAUUUGAGGCAUCUAUCCAUGGGCGCAUGGUGAGACAGUGGGGAGUUCAUUUGAUCUAUCAGGAUGAAAGAACAGUUUUUGCAAAAAAAUAUGGAACACUUGGUUUCACACCACUUAAGCGGAAGAGAGGCUAAAUUAGCUCUAUGUGCUGGG